CUCAUAUUUCAUACCGUACAUAGAAGCAGUCAAGAGGAACUUAUAUAAUUUGUAUAGCUCUAUUUUAUCAAGGUAGGUCUGUGCAUGUCUAAUUUGGCGUUCACUAUUUUGAGUAUACAACAAGGUUUGAUUUGCGUGUUCCUCCUCCUUGUUAAACAGCCGGUUCAUUUUCCUGUUGGUUUAAAUAUAAGCUCCGUCUCUGACGUCACUCGUUCAGCUGGGUUCAGGUGUGUGACGUGCAUUAUAGGUGUGGUGCCGUCUUCAUUCUGAUGGCAUGCUGCACUGAGCACACUGGCACGUAGAGCCGGGACUCACGGGGUGUGUAAUAACAGACGAGUCUAAAGACUGAAGUCCACUUGAACCGUUGGAGAAGUGGAUUAUGGCGAAGAAGAACAGUCACAAGGAUACAUCAGGGGUGGAGUUUGACACGCACUCCAAAAUGGUCAUGUCCCAAGGAGGAACAUUUGAAAGGAUGAAAGAAAAGAUCAACGCAGUGAGAGCAGUGGUUCCUAACAAGAGCAAUAAUGAGAUCGCCCUGGUCCUGCAGCACUUCGAGAACAGUGUAGACCGAGCUGUGCAGGCAUUUGUUGAAGGCAGUGCAGUAGAGAUCCUGAAGGAAUGGAAUGUCACCGGUAAAAAGAAGCCUAAGAAGAAAAAGAAGCCCAAACCCCAGCCAGAAGCCCCGGUUGAUCCUGCCCCGUCUGAAUCCGUCUCGUCUCCAGAGACGGCGUGUGCGGGGGCUGUUAACGGUUUCCAUGCCAACGGUUCAGCUGGUGCUGAUGGCGAGUCUCUGGACUCGUUGAGCGAACAGCUGGACUCAGCCUCGUUGGACGCAGCCGAGCUGGAGUUGGAACCUGCUACGCCUGAGCUCUCCGUCACAAGAGGAGAAGCAGAAUCUCAGAAAAGCUUAGCCCCAGCCCCAUCCCAGCAAAGCACCAAUAAUGGAGCUCGACAGAAUCAACACGGUUCUCGAGGCAACAAAUCCCGCCCGAGACCUUCUACCAGUUCUCACAACGCUCCUUUUCUUCCACCCGAUGAUGGCCAACAUGGUUCAUCUGCAGGCAAAAAGAUUGCACCGAACAUUGACCGCUCAGUGAAGGAUCUUCAGCGGUGUACAGCAUCUCUGACACGAUAUAGAGUGGUAGUGAAGGAGGAGAUGGAUUCCUCCAUCAAGAGGAUGAAACAGACCUUUGCUGAGCUACAGAGCUGUCUUAUGGAUCGGGAGGUGGCUCUGUUGGCUGAGAUGGAUAAAGUCAAAGCAGAAGCCAUGGCUAUCCUGGAUAAGCGUCAGAAGCGAGCGGAGGAGUUGAGGAGACUCACUGACAAGUCUGCCUCCAUGUCUGAAGAGCAGCUGUCCGAACUCCGUGCAGAUAUCAAGCAUUUUGUGAGCGAGAGGAAGUAUGACGAGGAUCUUGGAAAAGCUGUUAAGUUCACGCACGAACUGGAACCGCUUAAAGCCAGUAUCAUGGCCUUUGGAUCAGUGUAUCAUCCGCAGACCGGCUACUCCAAUCGCUCUCGCUGUAGUUCCACUUCUUCUUCUGUCACUGGCUCUGCCUCUGUAGAAGCCUCUGCUCCAGCUCCACCUCAAGCUCAGACCCAGGCUUCUGGUUACACAAGUCGCCCCAACGUCCCACACAAACAGGUGUUCCAGGGUAACAGACGUAUAUUUCAGGGUUAUCCCAGUCAGCGCCAUAACGGCAGCUCCUACUACGACCGCAAUUCCAACCGGAACAACUACCGCUAUUCUGGAGACCAGCGUCACCAGGGCGACCGUAGCCAGGGCGACCGCAGCCAAGGCGACCCAUCCCACUCGCAGUACUCAAACAGCACGAAAGGCCCCGCCCACCCCUCUGCGUCAUCCUACCAGCAAGACCGCCCUGCCCAAAACGGGCUGCCGCAGAGGCAACCUCGGACAUCCCCAAAAAACCCCUGACACACACCCUAAAUGCCCUGCGACCUCGUUUCAGAUCCCUAUCCCCUCCCAUUUCCCUCCCUUCCUGUGUAUUCAUCCAAUCCCUACCCACAUCCCUUCCUCAACUCCCUUAAAGCCCCACACCCUUGUUUGCUCAGUUUUUCCAUACACAUGAAGAAUAAAAAUCAAGUUUACAUCUGUUUUUUUUUUUUUUUUUUUUGGCCACAUCUUACUCCCCCCCCCAUGUCCACUCGAUUUGUUAACUUGUCCCUUUUAUCUUUAACCCCUACCUUCAGGCAUGCAUUCCAUAUUUCCAUAUUUAACCCAAUUUGAAUGUUCAAUGAUUCUUCAAAGAAUUUUUUUUUUUUAUUAUUAUUAUUUUUAAUGGCUAUUUCUGUUGCAUUACUUCAUUUUGACUUUUGUUUUGUUUUGUUUUCUCAUUUGGGAGAGACCUAUGAUACUUUGUUAUUACAGUAAAGUGGCUAAGAGCUUUCACUGACGAAUCUUCUUUAGUCCUGAUUUGUAAACAUGUAGUGCACUAUUCAUAUUUCUUUCUUUUAGCUUUAGUUUGUAUUCAAUUUUUGCAUUUGUUUUGUCUUUCCGUCACUUUUGAUAUAGUGCGCUAAUCAUAUUUCAAGCUUUUGAGCUUUAAUAUAAUAUCGUCUGUUCUUUUAAUAGAACAUUUGUUGUUUUUUUUUUGUUUUGUUUUUUUUCUUCCUUUUAAGUUUUUUUUUUUUUUUCUUGAUUAAAAUUGAAACGUAUGGUGUUUAGCUGAUGGGCUAAUAGAUUUUGACCUUGAUCCUGAAGUCAGAUGUUAAUUGCAGUGUUGAAGGGUAGAUAUGGUUGUUAAAAAAAAAAAAAAAAAAAAGAAAAAAAUGGAAAAAAAAAAAAAAUCACAUAACCUUUUUUUUUGAAACACAACCAUUAGUCUCGGUAGAAAUUAUGAAGAAGUGCUGCUGACUGAAUUAAUGUAUUGACUGUCCAUGGGGCUAAAUGUUCUGAUCACGGUCUGCCAUAAUUAAGGUCUUACAACCUUACAGGCCAUGCCUUUUUAUUUAUUUUUGAUCGGCUCUCCGUUCAGAGUGCUGUGCAGUGUUUCACAGCCUUGACCACCAUUUCACCUCUAUUUAAAGGCCACAGCGGGCACAGAGGUUUAGACCUGUGUGCCCUUUUCAUUCUUCCACAGUAUGCCUGCGGUGCAUUUAAUAUACCUGCCUUUGAUCACAGAACAAACCUCACUUUUAGUCUUUUUAUGAAGCGGCUGUGUGUGUGCAUACAUAUGUACAACUAGUUCUUUCACGAAUACAUAUGCUGUAUUACGAUCAGUCGACACUUGUACCAAGUAAAGGAAUACUCAGCAGUUUGUUUCCCAGACUUCUGAAGUUUGUUGAGUGCAUGUCAUUUAACCCUUGUGAAGGUGCUAAAACUGAAAUGUAGGACUUCGUCUCUUUCUUGCUCACAUACGAUGAUCGAUAUACCUCAUACGUCAGCCGUUAUAACUCUGAUAAUCUGUACAGAAAAACCAGGGCUGUGCUUUGCUUAAUUUGGAUUUGAGAAGUGCAUUAAAAAAAAAAAAAAAAACUAUCCUGAUGACAUGGCCGUGCUGCUAUCCCUAAUCGAAGUCUGGUUUAAAAUAAAUCACCUCAAUGCCCUGAUGGCAAAUCCCCAUUCCAUUGCCUUAACAGCUCAACAGGCCGUUCUCUUUCAGCGUUGAAUUUCUAGAA